UGGGCUGCCCGCGCCUCCAGCCUUCCCUCGGCGGCGGCGGCGGCGACGAAGAUCCUCCUCCCCCCGAGCGCGGAGCCCCCCCGCGGGAAGCCGUGCCAGAGGCUGCAGAUGGCCAAGAUGAGCACCGGAGACAAGGAGAGGCCUCCCCAGCUGCUCUUUGUGAAGGCCUUGGCCAGCAGGGGUCGGAUCGAAGCCAUCGCCCAGCAGAUGGGCUACCACCCUCACUACCUGGACAGCUUCCUCUGCAUGCAACAUUACCUGCUGCACAUGGACGGGCCGCUGCCCUUCGACUGCCGCCACUUCAUCGCCAUCAUGGCAGCUGCCCGGCAUCGAUGUCUUUACCUGGUGAACCUUCAUGUGCUGCAGUUCCUGCGGGUGGGCGGAGACCCCCUGUGGCUGAGGGGGCUAGACUGCAUCCCCCCCAAACUCCGCCGGCUCAGUGAGAUCAACAAGGUCUUGGCCCACCGGCCCUGGCUGGUCUGCAAGGAGCACAUUGAGAAGCUGCUGAAGAUCAGUGAGCAGAGCUGGUCGCUGGCCGAGCUGGUCCACGCCGUGGUGCUGCUGGCCCACUGCCACGCCCUGGCCAGCUUUGCUUUCGGCUGUGGCUGUGAGCAGGGGCCGGGGCCGGAGGAGGGAUGGGGCCCCCUCAAGCUGGGCCUCCCGGGGAGCGUCUGCUUUUGUGAUGUGGGCAACGGCUGCAGCCAGGAGCUGCUGCACCUGAACCGCAAGCGGUCCUUGGAUUCCUGCGUGGAGCUCGAGUCGCUUCGGGAGCGCAUCCACCGGCUGCAGGCGGGCAGUGAGGCCCGGGAGGAGCUGAGGCUGCCUGCCCAGCGGGAAGAAGGCUUCAACGGGGAAUUCUUGGGGGCCGCAGACCUUUCCUGCUACGUCCUGGACCCCAGCUUCGGCUACCAGGAGUUUGCCCAGUGCCACGAGGGGCAGCCCCAGAUCUUCCGUGUCCAGGAUUACUCCUGGGAAGACCACGGCUUCUCGCUGGUGAAUCGCUUGUACUCCGACAUUGGGCACCUGCUGGACGAAAAGUUCCGGAAGGUGGACGGUCUUCACAGCUGCUCGAUGGCCAAGCGGCAGGGCUGCGAGGAGGCCACCUUCAAGCGGGCCGUCUGGAACUACGUCCACUGCAUGUUCGGCAUCAGGUACGAUGAUUACGACUAUGCCGAGGUCAACCAUCUCCUGGAACGGAUCCUCAAGCUGUAUAUCAAAACUGUGACUUGCUCCCCGGAGAAGAUGGAUCCCCAGGUGUUUGAGCGCUUCUGGAAGCAGUUCAAGCACAGUGAAAAGAACUGGCCUCCCCGCAGGAGCCCCAGGGCUGGCGGGCAGCGGGCUCUGCUGCUGCUCCUCUACAGGCCACGAGCCGCGUGGACAGAAGGGAGCCACCGGGACGUGGCCUCUACGCACUUGAAGCAGGGGAAGGACAUCGUUCCUCUCUCUUCCCCAGUCAACUCCAGCGACGAUGUUGAGUCUCCGUGACAGUAUUGGGGGAGGGGCUCCCUUGUCUUGUGCCAUCCCUACUGCCCAUGGAGGGCUGGGAAGGGGCUCUGCCCGCUUGGACUGGGGCUUCUGGAGGGAGAAGAGGGGCACUUUCCACUGGCCUCAUCUUGCGGGGGGGGGGGGCAACAGCAAGGAAGGGUCCCUAGCAUUCUUCUAGGGAAGCCCCCCCCCCCUCUACUUUUCAGCCAAAUGGACCUCGGAAGCCAAAUUUGAUCACCCCCCACCAGGCAGGGCUCUUAUCCUGCCCCCCUCAUCAUAUCCAACCCCCCCCCUUGCAAAUGUGCUGCCCUCCCUCGCAGCUGCCUUCCAUGCUGUGGCCCUUGGCUGACCCCCCCCCUCCCGCCCCUUGCACCUCCUAGCCCCACGGUGCGGAUCCCCAGCCCUCCUGGGCUUUUCUCCUGGCAUUCCCCCCUCCUGGGGCUGCUCGGGGGUCCCGCUUGGGGGGCAACCGGCAAAGGAGGCGGGGGGGGGGGCUGGUGCAGGACAUGUGGCAGCAGCUGACUUGUUUACUGUGUAAAUGUUUUGGGGGUGGGGGGAACAAACCGUUGUGUGGGGAAGAGAGAAAAGCCUAUUUUUGCUAUAAAUAUAAAUGUUUG